GUGACCUCUGUUUUUGGGGUCCCCGCCCCCCCUCUGGCGCAGUGGGAAGAUCUCCUACUACACCCACCCCCCCGAGGCCCGGGGGGUGCAGCUGGAGGCCCAAAUCCUGCCGGCGCUGGGGCCGGAGCUGGACCUGGAGGCUCUGGAACGGGGGGACGCCGAGGCCCUGGCAGCUGUGCCAGUGACGGUGACAGGGCUGGGGCUGUCCCCGUGUGCCCCCGAGGAGGAGGAGGAGGAGGAGGAAGGAGCAGCCAUGGAGGAGGACAGCGGGAAGGACCCGGAGCUCGGCGCGGUGACAGUGGAGCUGAAGCCCCGGGUGAAGUCGGGGGGCUCCGGGGGGGACUCGGUGCCCCGCGCCCCCAGCUUGGAGGAGGUGGCUGCUCUGCCCCCCCUGCUCCAGGGCCAGGGGCUGAGGGCGGCCGGGAAGAGGAGGAAAAAGCUGCAAAAAAGAGCAGAGAAGAUCGCCACGAAGCUCUCGGAGACGCUGGAGGCGGCCAUGCAGUUCUGAGGCACCUGAACCAGAGACUUAGAGCUUUUUAUUUUUAUUUAAGUGAGAAGUGGUUAAAAAAAAGCACCCUUUUUGAAAUAAAAGGACUGCUG